AGAAUAACACCGAAGGCAUCAAACGAGGAAAAUGCGCAGCGUAGGUUAACUUUCAGUGUUCCAGUUGUUUUGUAUUUUUGUUUUGUUUGUUUGGGUUUUUCCAUGGAGGAGAAAUACUUUUAAUAAUGUUUAGGAACGCCCCAGUCCGGAAUUACCAGCAGCAGCACAGCUGCAUAUUGUGGCGUGUGUUCUAAAGUAAUUUUGUUGAACUUGCACAUUCUAAUCGCUUGUAAAUGUUUAGAGGAAUGAUGAUAUCUCUCAAUAAAUAAGGAUGGAUACAUAUAUUGUCCUGAUCUCUGGAAAGAUAGUGAAAGUUUGGCGUUGGUAACCUCAGUUUUCAUCAUUUAUGGAGGACACUUGUAUUUUUCCAAAGAGAAUGAAGAAAUUAAUGCGGAAUAUUAAAAAUAAAAGUACCAAGCUACUGUCUCGAAGUAGAUCAGCUUCAACAAAUAAUUUAAGUAACACAAAUACUGUCUCAUUGCAUCCUGAACUACAAAGUGAGCAAAGUUUAGUCGUUAAAAAAGACAGUGAGUUUUCAGAAGUUUUCAUAGGUUUAGCAAAUGAAAAAAUACUAGAAGCAUCAGUUGUAAAUAGCAUAUCUUUAGGAAGCGGUAAUGUAGAGGUUAAAGACUUGAGUCCUAGUAUUCAGUUUGAGAAUGACACUGGUAAUAAUGUGGUGGCUUUAAGAAAGAGUACGCUUGAUAUAUACAGCAUUAAUGAUGAAGAAACUGCCUCUAGCGUGAACACUACAUUGUGUUUGUAUGAACUGCCACCAGCUGAGCUAGUGCAGUUAGAUGAUGUACCUUCUAACCAGUUGGAUAUCCUCAGGAACGAGGCUUUGCAAGAGGCCAACAGGGAAUACCCUAUUAAGUGCUAUGACUUCUGUCUCAUUUGCUGUGACGAGGAUUACGAGAUCGCAGAGGAGAUAAAGGAGAAGUUGUGCAGUUCCUUCGACUUGGUGGGAUGCAUGAUUCAAAACGACGGCCUCAUGCUGGGGCGAGACGUCUUCCAGGCUUACGAGUUCAUGAUGGAAAGAAGCACAAAGGUUCUGUUCCUCAUCACAAACGCUUUCAACCGCGACCCGUUCAACCAGCGACUGCAAAACGGCGCUGUGUUCCAGACGCUCAUGUCACGCGUGAAGAAAGAGAAGUGCGUCCCCGUGUUCCCCUACGGCUUGCGCGAAGUCCCUCUACCCCUGUCGGGCAUCUCCGGUAUCUCGUGCAACCUGCCGCCGAAAGUGCUGAGCGCCAACAUGCGUGCGACGUACACCGAGGAAGUGCGCAGCAUCCGUGUGAAGAAGGAGCAGGUGCUGUUGGACAUGAGGAACAUGUUCUACAACGAAGCGUUGGCAAGGAAAGCAGAGCAGCUCAGGGCCAAGAUGCAGCAGCAACAAAGCCCUGCCCUGGGUGCCGCAGCUGCGGGCAGUGGGGAUGUGAUGGCGAUCACCAGGCAAGACGGUCCCUCCCAGAGCACCGAGGCUGUACGGGGGCUCGAUGGGAUACUAGGAAGUGUCGGGCUGCCUGCCGCCCAGAAGGACAGCGUGAUGGGCAUAGUGUCUGGUGCCAUUAAUACUGGGGGAUCAUCAUCCACGAACGUCAUUGGUUCGGAACAAGUGCGCAUCGGCCAUGACAUCAGUAUUGUGGUGCACGUCUCACAAAAUGGUGCAGCGGAAUAUGAAGUGGACGACUCCCAGAAGCAACGUCGUCACGUGUCCUUUAGCUCGGACUCUUCCAGUUCGGAUUCUGAUACUGAUACUAGCUAGAUCAGUUUCAAAAUUCGCAAAUAUUGUUUGAUAACACAUUGUUUGACCUUCAAAUUGUGUUGUAUUUUUAUAUACAUAUAUUGUAUUGAUAUUUUAUGCAACUUUUUUAUGCUAAAUAUGUUUUACAUUCCUGGUGUAAUCUGUGAUAUUUGUUUUUGAGGCCAGUGCUGUGUGAACACAACAUACAUGUAAAAAGCGUAAUGCCCUUUGUGAUCCUGCGAGCUUUAUAUGUGAUGACUACUUAGUUCUAUAGGCCUAAUUAUGGUUGCAGGGGCAUUGGGAAAUGUGCUGUAGAUAUUUGUUUUCAAUCAUGGGAAUAUAGUUACUGGUAUGUACGUACCUUGUUUUUAACUAUGGGAUGUAGUUACAUAUAACAUGUAAUAACUUGUAACAAAAAAUGAAGAGAACAAAGUUUUCAGGAAUCUUUUUUCAUGAUUUAUACAUUAAAGGAAAAAAAGUUUGUAUAAAUACUUUUGAUUUAUAAUUGAUGCCUUUCCAUAAUGGAAAGUUAUGAAUCUGUGGAACAUAAUGCACAAUGCACAUGAAGCUCGCUGACAUUGGAUUUCCUACUUUAUGCAUGUAAAAUUCCUUUUUUGUUUCUUCACACUUCGAGUGACAUUAGUCUUUGUGCACAUAAGCCUUAAAUAAAUUGUGUGUGUAUACAUAUAUUUUGAUAAUUUGUGAUUUAUAUAAAAAUGCUUACACACACAGAUGUGUUCAUGUAUCUAUAUAUGUUAAAACUUUUUGAAAUGAUAAUUGAUUUCAUAUACCUAGCAAGAGAAAUUAUAUAUUUUUUACAUUGUUUAUGUUGCACUUAACUCGUGCAAAAUUAUUCUGAUACUUUCUGAAUAAUGGUUUGUUACAAAAAUAUUUUAUGAAUAUUCUAAACAUAGUUCAUGUUUUGCAGUUUCCUGUAUGCCCUUAGUUAAAAUUUAUUCACUGAAAAAGGUUUAAUUACUAUAUAUCAUCCUUGAAAGGAUGGGUUAGCAUGAAGUAUAUACUUCAGAAAAGGGACUAUGCUUUUUUAAUAAAUAAUACAUUUCUUGCUUUAUUUUAGAACAUAUGUGUAGAAACAAACGCAUAGCUUUAUUUACAUGCUUAAAUAAUGCUUGAUAAACAUGAAUGUGUAAUAACAUCUCAAUUGCCACAUACACAGUAGAACUCUUUUUUAUUGGUUUUGAUCUUCGGUGUGUCUUUUCAUGCAUUAGAGAAAGUAUAACAUUAAUUUCUUUCAUUGAUGUUAUUAAAAAUUUUUUGAAUGGUUUUGUAAUUAAGGGAAUUGUAACAUUGUAUUGUAAUUAUUAAUGGUGCAGUUCAUGUAUUUUAUCAUUUCUGUUCCCAGUUCAUUUCAUGUUAUUUUUAACUUUUCAAUUGGCAUGAUAGUGUAUCUUUUUGAUUAUAUUCUUUGUAGUGAAAAAUCUGUGCUGUUUCUAAAAAGAAUGUAUUUGAUGCAGUUAGUGGAAACUUUAGCUUAUCAUCCUUUGAUGGAAACAAAAUACUCUAAAGCAAAUAAAAAUCAAAUAUUGUAUAUCAACAAUUCAAUUAAAAAAUUUAAGUCAUAUGUUUUUACAUUGAAAGUAGUCACUCACUCUUGGAAGGUAUCAUAAUAUUGAAAGUUGUGUUUUUAUAGUUAUUGUCUUAUAAUGGAAGUUACCUUAUAUUGAAAGUUUCCUCACAUAUAUUUAGGGUUGUCUUAUAUUUGAAAUAUCUUAUUUUUUAAGUAGUUUUUUUAACAGCUUGUUUUAUAUUUUAGAAUAUGUAUAGUUUGUUACUUUUUGGAUGCUUGAAGAUUAUAUUCAUUUGUUACCAAUUUUUUCUUUGCACUUUUGAAAACCUACUAUCCAAACCUUUAAUCUUGCCAACAAAGAAAUUUUCUAUUUUUUCAAAUAUUUUUUGGAUUUCCCUUUUAAAUAUUGACAUUUAUUUUAGUGCCUGAACAUGUUUUCAUUUUAUUUAUGAGCAUUGAGGAGGAAGUUUUUAAAUAUUGCAUAACUGCUUGUGGCAAGUAAAAAAUAAAAAAUUAAAACAGACAAAAAAAAACUAAUAUUCUUGCUAUAGUGCCUACCAUCAGUAUGUUAAAGCAUUGGAAGAGAAACCCCAGUCUCCUGUGAAUGACCGAAUAAAUGAAUGAGCGAGCUUAACGUCUUGUCCACAUCAAGAUAAUUAGAGAUGAAGAGAGGUGAUGAAAUGAGAAUCCAGCAUUGAUGGAAUAAAUGGUUAGAGGAUACAGGAGUACCCCGAGAUAAUUCAUCAUCACGUGACAACGUCCGUAACGUUUUUCUCUUGUGAGAAAUCGGGUUUGAUCACGGAACUGCUGCCCCCAUCCCCCUCUUCACUUUCUCCUUUCCUAUAGCUGUUUGUACUCAGUUUUCAAGUUUUUUUGAGAAAAACUUAUUUGGUGACCAUCAUAUGUGGACUAACCGGCUCUAAAGUCCAUGUUGGCUGCUCUGACAUGGUAUGGAAUCUGCUGCUUUUCUUUUCACUCUUUAUAGCCUCCUUACACCUUAAAUGUUUUCCUAUACAAUAAAUGUUUUUUUUUCGUGAUUUUUUACAACAUUAAGAAAAGUGUAAAUAUACAAAAUACAGUAUUACGUGGGACCAUAGAAAAGCACAGGGAAAUGUAUAAUCAGGGAAGGAAAAAAUAUGUUUCUACUGUAUCUUCUCACGUCAUAUUUAAUUGGGCCCGUCCCCGGAUUAAAUGUGAACUGUGGAACUGUCUGAAUUUUGUAAAAUUUUAGAAAAUAUUAGGUAAUUUCAAAACUUAGAAGACAGUAGUUACAGCAGUUAUUAAAUUUGUUUUGAAAAUCAUUUUUGCAGUCCAAAUGAAUGAAAACUUCUCUUUACAUGUACAUUCAUACCUUUUUUUGACGUGACAACGUCUAAUCGAUGAACGCCGGCUGCACGCACAAAAAAGUGUCCCGUUACGCACAUUGUUCCAUUAUGCUGUGUCCCAUUAUGCUCAUUGUUCCAUUAGGCUUUGUCCCAUUACGCUCAUUGUACGCUUGCGCCGCACCGACAGAAGUGAAAACUUAAAACUUUGUUUAUAAAUGUAUAAUAUGAAAUAAUUUCUACGUCAAAUGUACGUAAGAAAAUGAAUCUGAUUACAAGUAUAAUUUCAAGUAUUUAUUUAUAUUUAUUAAAAAAAAAAGUAGCAUCUGUCGGCGAGAGCAGUAAUAAUAGGUUAUGUUAGAUAUUUGAUUACAGUUUAUUUAUAUGAAAACUUGUUCAUAAUUAUAUUUAAACUUUAUAGCUAAAUGCCAGUUUUUAAAAUUAAUUAAAAGUCAUCUACACGUGAACUGUUUCGUCGACUGUUUAUAAAGUGAAGUGAAAAGUUAAUGUGGUUUUCAUUGCUUAUUACAACAACAAUUUCGGCAAUAAAGGUUAAUUAUUCUUGCAUUUUAAAAAUCUGAUUACUAGUAUAAUGUCAAGAAUUUAUUCUUUUAUUAUUAAAAUAAAAAUGAUUCAAUUUUAUUCAUAAAAGUAUGCAAUCAUUUCAUCAAUGUUUUGUUAUGACGUCACGUUAAACUAUCGUCCGUAAACCGACUUUACAGAAACCAAUUUUUUUUAACUUGACGUAAAAGUAUUUAUGUAAAUAACUAAGUCUCACUAUCUUUAAAAUUAUAGAUUAGGCCUACCUUAGUUAUUAUUAGUAAAUUUAAAAAGUUUUAAUUUGUAAAAAUUUUAUUUUUUAUAGAUAUGCCACAUACUUAGAAACUGCUUGUAGUUAAGUAAAUGAUAUGCAGACAUUGUAAACUGAAAUAUUAUGCCAUUCUUUAUGGACACAAUUUUUGUGUGUGAAAAUGUCAGAUUAUAUUAAUACUAUAUUGGUGUGAAUUUUAAGUAAAAUUGAAGGGGAAAAGAGUCAUUAUAAAACUAGUAUUAUUUUUGUAAGCGUUUCAAGCAUACAUUACUAAGCAUAUGUGAGCUGUAAUAACUUCAUUUUAGUAAAAUGUUAAAUAAAAUUGACAGGAAUUUUUAUACGAAACUAUUUCUUCAUUCUUUAAUAUUUUUUGUUGAAAAUUACUGGGUAUGAAUUUGAUAUUUGUCUUUCAAAUCUAACAUUAAAAGAGAUAUUUAAAUAGAUUAAAUUUUGUUUAUAUGUUUGGUGUCAUUUUAGGUUUGCAGUCUGUUAAAUAUAAAACUCAGCACGCAAUAAAAUAUUGUUUUUACAUUCAAGUGUAAGCUGAGGAUAUGACCUUGAAUUUUACAUAUUACCAUUUAUUUUGUCUGUUAUAAUUCUUAUUAUAUUUGUUAUUAAUACAUACUUUGCUAUAGUUUUAGGUUAAGCUUGUAAUGAAUUGCUCAUUAAAAUAAUUGUUAUGUUACUAUCAUGCCUGCUGUUGGAGAAAAAUGUAAAACAAAGGGGUAUGUCAUUUAGUACAGUAACUUUGUGUUUUGUUAUUUGCUGGCUGUAUUUUGUUCCAAGAUGUGUCAGUUGGUGUCAUUGUAUAGAUGCUGAGUACAAAAAUUAUGAUUUUGCCAAUGUUGCAAAAUCAAUGUUUUUACAUAAUAAUAAAAAUUAAUAUUUUUCACGAG